AUGGAAGAACUUUUAAGAAACAUUCCCCCAGUAACAAAAGUCAUGAUUGCCUCAACUAUUUUACUUUCAGCAAUUACUUCAAUGAAUUUCGUGAACCCAAGGACAAUGCUAUUUGAUAUGGCUUUUAUUAAAAAUAAAUUCCAGGUCUGAAGAGUCUUUACAAGUUUAUUUUAUUAUGGAAAUUUCAGUGUUUACACCUUUAUCCGUGUGAUGCUUUUAUAUCAAAACUCCAGAAGCCUUGAGCAAAAUAUGACAAGAGUGGAUUAUCUAUAUUUUGUAAUAGUGACUUAUAUGUUUUUGCUUCUUUGUGCACCUAUUUUUCAUCUUAGGUACUUAUCGGAUGGAUUAUUUAUGGCAAUUACUUAUCUUUAUAGCAAGCGAAAUCGAUAUGGAAGAUUCCAUCUUAUGUGGAUUCCUAUAGCAAUUUCUACAACUUAUAUGCCGUGGGUUUUACUUUUGCUUAACUUUGACUCUGCAAGCAUUAUAGGGAUUGCUAUAGGUCAUAUUUAUUACUUUUUCGAAGAUAUUUUCCCUAGAUUAAGAAGUGGAAUAGGAUUUCGGCUAUUUAAAGCUCCUGACACAAUUGAAAGACUAAUACACUAUUUCGGCGGAUAA